AUGUCUCUUCCAGCCCGUUAUCUACCACCAGUUAAUCGCUGUUUAACACAUCUCGAUAAGCAGCUGUUUCUCAAGAAAAUCCCGUUAGUGGUAGUAAGCUUUCCUGAUCCUAGAAAUAUCUCUGUCUUCACUAGCCGAUUCAAAGAGGACAUCCUCAGGAUCCCACGCAUCUGUCAUGUCGUACCUUUAGAGUCUACAACAGCUAUCACUGCUGCUCAGGAGCCUCCUUUAAAGAAAAAGACCCUCGCCAAUGACAAUCACAUUAGAAAAGGUAUUCUCCUAAAGGACAGUGUCCAUAAAGUGGAAGAUGUUAAAACUGAACUCUCGCAAGAGGCCCAAGACUUCUUGCAGGAAACCAAGGCCUCCAUUGAAAACUUCAACUACACCAUAGACUACGAUUUCUACAAGGCAGAAGAGAUUUUCAACGCCAUCCUCCCAGAACAUCUACUUCAUGAAGUUCCAUCUGGAUUCACGGUUACGGGGCACAUAGCGCAUCUAAACCUAAGAGCAGAAUUUAAGCCUCUUGGAGAAAUAAUUGGCCAAGUAAUUCUCGACAAAAACAGCCAAAUUAAAACCGUCGUCGACAAAGUCGACUCUAUUGCCAACAAAUUCAGGACCUUUCAAAUGAAGCUCCUAGCUGGCGAGGAAGAUUUCAAUGUUACAAUACACGAAUCUAACUGUACCUUUAACUUCGAUUUUAGAAACGUCUACUGGAACUCCAGACUUCACACAGAGCACAAUAGACUUGUAACGCUAUUCAAACCCCACCAAUUAGUCUGUGAUGUCUUCGCUGGCGUUGGUCCUUUUGCGCUCCCAGCUGCCAAGAAACAAGUAUUCGUAUUGGCAAACGACUUAAACCCUCAUUCUUACGAAUCCAUGAUUAACAACAUAAAAACCAACAAAGUAGGUUCCUUCGUUAACCCGUCAAACCUAGAUGGAAGAGAAUUCAUAGCCCAAAGUCCUAUGUUACUAGAGUCCUGGCUGGAGCAAACAAACGGUAAAGUGAUAAUCCCUGGUGGCAAGAAAUACAAAUUAGCCGCUGAUGGUACUACAGUCCGUACCCCACCCAAAAACAUUACCCUACCAAGGUUUGUUCACCACUACGUAAUGAAUCUCCCGGACAGCGCUAUCACUUUCCUGAACGAGUUCGUGGGCUUGUAUUCCCGCCACGGCUACUCAAAGUCCACUCUCGAAGAGCGUUACCCGGAUUUCGAGCUGCCCUGGAUCCACUGCCACUGUUUUCUAAAGUACAGCCCAGAAGAAAGACCCGAGCCAUCAAUUGAGGAGCAGCACAACCGGGUGUACAGACAAGUAUUGGACGUUAUGGAAGCUACAGAAAAAGAACUACCACGUGACGCAUUCCAAUUCCAUCUGGUGCGGAAGGUGGCGCCUACCAAGCCGAUGUUCUGUGUAAGCUUCCGUCUUCCAGCUUCUAUAGCAUUCAAGGAAAAAACUAACUAA